AUGGAGACGGUGACUAGUGAGGAAUUAAGGCUUUACAAGAUCAGAUUAACUUAUUCAAUUAGAUGCUUGAAGUUUCUUUUGCAUCAAGGAUUGGCAUUUCGUGGGCAUGAUGAAACUGAAGAGUCUAGCAACAGAGGGAAUUUUCUUGAACUUUUGAAAUGGCUUGCAUCAAACAAUGAAGAGGUGGAUAAGUAUGUUUUAAAGAAUGCUCCAGGUAAUUGUACCUUGACUUGCCCAGAUAUACAGAAGCAAAUUAUUCAAUGCUGUGCCAUAGAAACUAGAAAUAAAAUUAUUGAAGAACUUGGUGAUGACCACUUUGCAAUUCUAGCUGAUGAGUCAAGUGAUGUAUCACACAAAGAACAACUAGCUGUUUGCUUGCGUUUUAUUGAUAAAUCGGCAAGACCUUGUGAACACUUUCUUGGAGUUGUGCAUGUGUCUGAUACUACUUCUUUAUCACUUAAGGAAGCAAUUCAGUCUUUACUUACUAGACAUCAUUUGACUCUAUCUCAAAUCCGUGGUCAAGGCUAUGAUGGGGCUAGUAACAUGAAAGGAGAGAUUAAAGGGUUGAAAACAUUGAUCAUGAAAGAGUCACCAUCAGCUUAUUAUAUUCAUUGUUUUGCACAUCAACUCCAGUUAGUUCUUGUUGCUGUUGCCAAGGGAAACAAUGAUUGUGUGUGGUUUUUUGAUCAAGUAUCUCUAUUGCUGAAUAUUGUUGGGGUUUCUAGUAAGCGUCAUGACAUGAUUCGAAAUAUUAAUCUCCAAAAUAUCUUGAAAGCAAUUGAAUGUGGUGAACUACAAACUGGAAAGGGGUUAAAUCAAGAGAAAGGUUUAGCUAGGCCUGGUGAGACUCGAUGGGGCUCUCAUUACAAAACGGUUCUCAAUAUUAUUUGUCUGUAUCCAACAAUCCGUGAUGUACUCAUAAGUCUUGGGGAAGAUAAUUCACAGAGGGGUGAUUGGCCGAAAAUACACAUUAUGGUUGGGGUGUUGGAGUCAUUUGACUUUGUCUUUAGUGCACACUUGAUGUUUACAAUUCUUGGAUACACAAAUGAGUUGUCAGAGUGUUUGCAAAGAAGAGACCAAGAUAUUAUCAAUGCAAUUUCACUUGUCACUGUGGCAAAGAAUAGAAUGCAGCAAUUGAGGGCUGAUGGGUGGACUGCAUUCCUCCAAAAAGUCACUUUGUUUUGCAAUAAAUUUGGCAUCCAUGUUCCUGCAAUGGAGGAUGUAUAUGUUCCUUAUGGAAGAUCAAGACGGUUUGUUCCAAACCAAACAAAUGAUGAUCAUUUUAGAAGAGAAGUAUAUAUUGGUGUUAUUGAUCAAAUUAGUCAAGAGCUUGAUACUCGAUUUGAUGAGGUUAAUAUGGAGUUGCUUUCUUGUAUGGCAGCAUUGAAUCCUUCCAACUUAUUUGCUUCAUUUGAUUCCAAUAAGCUACUUAGGCUUGCUGAAUUUUACCCUGAUGAUAUUCCAAGCAAUGCCUUUCAAAGACUUGAAAUGCAACUUGAUAACUAUAUUGAUGACUUGAGAAAAGAUGAUAGCUUCAAAGACCUAAAUAAUCUUGUUGACCUCUCGGUUAAGCUUGUAGAAACACAAAGGGACAAAGUUUAUGAUUUGAUAUAUUUGCUUCUCAAGUUGGUAUUGAUUCUACCGGUGGCAACGGCAAGUGUUGAAAGAGCAUUUUCAGCAAUGAACUCAGUGAAGAACAAGUCAAGAAAUAGACUGAGUGAUAGUGUUUUGGAUGCUAUCCUAUGCACCUAUAUUGAGCGAGAAGUUUUCUUGAAAGUGAAUGAAGAUGAUAUAUUGGAGACUUUUAUGGCCAUAAGAAAGCGUAGACCCGACAAGAAAUAGUAUUGUAACCUUAUUUGAAUUAUUAUUAUAAGCAUGUAGGUUUCAUUUGAUGCAA